AUGCACUCCUCUGCCCUCCUCUUCUCUCUCAUCCCGGCCGCUCUCGCCGAAGUCCACAAGGUCAAGGUCGGCGACGGAGGUCUCACCUUCUCGCCUGCCGACCUCAAGGCCGCCGUGGGAGACACGGUCGAGUUCCACUUCUACCAGGGCACACACUCUGUCGCCCAGAGCAGCUUCGACAAGCCUUGCGAGCCCCUCAACAGCACGAGCUUCUUCAGCGGUGAUUUUGACGUCAAGGACAAGGUCAGCAAUGAGGUCUUUACCGUCACCGUCGAGGCCGAGACCCCCAUCUGGUACUACUGUGCCGUUCAGGGCCACUGCCAGGGUGGCAUGGUUGGUGUCAUCAAUGCUCCAUCCAGCGGUCAGAGGACUCUUGCCGCCUACAAGAAGGCCGCUGCCGACGUUGAUGAGACCGUCGAGCCCAAGUCGACUGGUGGCGGCGAGCUUGGCCCUGCUGCCACGGCCUCCUCAGGCUCUUCUGAGGGUUCCACAUCGACUGGAAGCGCCGCCUCCGGCACCGCCAGCUCGACCGAGAGCGCGGCACCCAACGCCGGCAUCGAGGCUCGGGGUGAGAUCCGCUGGGGACUCAUGAGCCUGGGUGUCGCCAUGGCUGGUUUCUUUGGCGGUCUGAUGAUGUAA